GCGCUCCCCCAGUGGGCAUGGGCGGCGGCGGCGGCUACGGCGCUUGCUCGGGCUGUGGCAGCCGUGGGGAGGCGGGAGGGGAGGCGCCUUCUCCGCGACGCCGGCUGCCGAGCCGCCCUCCCACCCAGCGAGGCGCGCCGCGCCGGGCUCGGCCUGGCCCAGGCAGGCAAAGCAGCAUCCGGAGCAGCGCCCACCCUCCUCCUCCAGAGCGACGCCGCGCCCACCGCAGGCAGGCAGGCAGCAGGCGGGGUCCUCGCAGGGCGCGUGGCCAGCCGUGCCGCUGAGCCCCCGGGAGCCGAGGAGGACGAGCAGCCCUCCGGAGCGCGGCCGUCGCGUCAGCUGGGAUGGCUGCCUCAGAGCCCCCCGGGACUGCGGCAUUGAUGGGCGAACGGCAAGUCUGUGGCGAAUCUGCUCCUUCAAGGACUCCUCGUGAGAGCAAGCUACGGGUGAAAGUGGAUCCGCAUCUGGAGCAGGCCUGACAGGCCACUUGAGGAUCGCUGGAAGGCUUGGUUGUCUCCUCAAGUGAAGUCGGGGCGGGUAGGCAGUCUUAUUCCCCACGGUGGAACAGGCUGGCUCGUCAAGACAUCCGUGGGCCGGCUGGCGCUUGUGUCGUACCAAAAGUGCAGAACUCUCGGGAUUCCGCGGUGGAGGGUGCCGCCUGCCUUGCGUACCUUACCAUGGAAAGACUGGCCCUCUUGCUAUUGGUUAUUAGCACUGCUGUGAAGGCCAUGAUGAUGUGUCCGACGCGAUGCAUGUGCCAGAGCCUCGCACCGUCCUUCACCAUCCUUUGCACCAAGACGGGGCUUCUCUUUGUCCCUCCCAGCAUUGACCGGAGAACAGCAGAGCUCCGGCUGAUGGACAACUUCAUCACUACCCUCCGUCGCAAGGAUUUUGCCAACAUGACAGACCUGAUUCACUUGACGCUGUCUCGAAAUACAAUCAGUCAGAUUAUGCCUUAUGCGUUUUUUGACCUGAAAGGUCUUCACGCUUUACAUCUGGAUAGUAAUAGACUCACCUAUAUCAAUGAGGACCACUUCAGAGGGUUAAUCAAUCUUCGCCAUUUAAUUCUCAGUAACAACCAAUUAAAUUAUAUUUCACCUGGAUCACUGGAUGAUUUCAUUGACACAAUUGAGGAUCUGGACCUGUCCUACAACAAUCUUGUUAAUGUUCCCUGGGAAACUAUCGAGAGGCUCUCGAAUGCCAAUACCAUCAGCUUGGAUCAUAACCUCAUUGAGUUUGUCCCCGAGGGAAUCUUCUCCAACCUUCACAAACUGGCUCGGCUGGACAUGACCUCCAACAAGUUGAAAAAGAUCCCCCCCGACCCCCUCUUCUCCCGCAUCCCUGUCUAUGCCAAACCAAAGGGGUCCCCUUUGUCCUCUCUGGUGCUGAGUUUUGGGGGGAACCCCCUGCACUGCAAUUGUGAACUUGUGUGGCUGAGGCGUCUUACCAGGGAGGAUGACCUGGAGACAUGUGCUUCCCCGCCGGAGCUGAUGGGUAAGUACUUCUGGUCCAUUCGGGAGGAGGAGUUUGUUUGUGAGCCUCCAAUGAUCACACACAGGACCCCCAAGCAGGUUGUCAUGGAAGGCCAAAGUGUGUCCUUGAAGUGCAAAGCUGUGGGUGACCCAGAGCCAUACAUCCGCUGGAUUUCGCCCAGGGGAAAGCUGGUCUCCAAUACAUCUCGGAUGGUUUCCUAUGAGAAUGGCACCUUGGAUAUUUUGGUGACCUCAGCAGAGGAAAAAGGUACAUUCACCUGCAUAGCAUCCAAUGCGGCAGGGGAGUCCACAGCACCGACUGAGCUCCUGGUAAAUCCGUACCCUCCUCUUGCUAAUAGCACAAGUUGUGACAAGGAGGCUGAGCCGGGCCCCUCGGACAUCCUGACCUCUGCCAAGUCGAGCUUCCCCAAUGAAACCAAAUCUCGCCAGGAGAGGAAGGUGGCAGUUGCUGAGUUGACCUCAUCCUCUGCUCUCAUACAGUGGCCUUCCCAGCACCACAUCCCAGGAAUACGAAUGUUCCAGAUCCAGUACAACAGCUCUGUUGAUGACAUCUUGGUGUACAGGAUGAUCCCAGCGGCCAGCAAGUCCUUCUUCUUGACCAAUCUGGUUGCUGGGCGUGACUACGAUCUCUGUGUCCUUGCUGUGUAUGACGAUGGCGUGACCUCUCUGACAGCGACCAUGGUGGUCGGGUGUGUGCAGUUCACCACUGAGGAGGAAUAUCGGCAGUGCCGCUCCCUCCACGCCCAGUUCCUCGGGGGGACCAUGAUCAUCAUCAUCGGAGGCAUCAUUGUGGCUUCCGUGCUUGUUUUCAUCUUCAUCCUCCUGAUGAAGUACAAAGUUUACACCAACCACCACAAAAACAAGCACACAAAAGUGAACAAUGUUUGUUCUCAGACGAACGGCAGCCAGAGUGGGCCCCUGGCUCACUCCAGUUCCAAGCUGCUUGAGGGGCUACAUCAGGAAUGCUCAGGAAUGCCCCCCAGAGGCAAAAUGGUGGUUGAUGUGGAGUGUGAAAAAGCAGCCCCUCCGGACACUGCUGCUCUGAGGAGCUGAGUGUGCUCCCAGUCACCACACUAGAGACCAGGUGUGUGGUGGUGCGAAAGAAUGACUCCAGUGAUUGUCUUUUAAGCUUCACUACUAUUGUCUAUUUUUAAGAUCAGAUGGUUUAAAAAACUAUUUUUUUAAUCUGUAAAAGUUCUUGCAUUCUUAACUAUUUUUGUUGCUCUAUAUUAAAUAUAAAGUGUGUGAUUUACAAGGA